UAGCCGGAUGUGUGUCUAGCUGGAGGCACUGAGGGGCCCGGGUGCUAGCAGUAGGCAGAAGUGAGCUGUGACAGGUACACCUGGGUGUGGACCACUACCCAGGGCUCAAGAGGGACAUGGAGCUGGGACAGGGAGGAUCCCAAGAGAAAGCAAAGCCACUCUAUGCAGCCAUGAUGUGCCAGGCCCUGUGGCCAGCCCUCUCUGUCCCUUCUGAGGGAGACAUUAUUCUCCCCCCUCACCCCCACCCCCGUACAGACAAGGAGGUGAGCUCAGAGCAGCUAGCUGGAUUCCCCAGGGCCCCACAGCUAGCAAGCGCCAGAGGCAGGAUCUGAACUCAGGAGCUGCUUGGAGAUGCUGCUAUGGCUGCUGCUGCUGCUGCUGCUGCCACCGCUGUUCCUGCUCGUCCUGCUGUUCCUGCUGCUGCUGCUGCCCCCAUUGGCCAUGCUAGGACAGAGGUUUCAGGAGGCUGGCCUGUCCUGGCUUGCCAGCCUCCAGCACUGUGUAGCAUGGAGGGUCCUGAGCUGGGCAGCCACCUGGCAGCAGCAGAGACUGGAACAUAAUACACUACACGUGGGCCAGAGCCAGCAGCAGGCCCUGAUGUGGUGUCUGCAGAGAGCCCAGGGUCCUCUCUGUGCCCCCACAGGUAUAGAUAUGAGCAUCUUCCGGAAUCAUCUCCCUUUGACCAAAGUCAGCCAGGCUCAGGAGGAAGAAAAUGGGGGGCAGCUCCUGCCCCCUACUUCAAACCAGUACCAUGGGGAGGCCUCUCUGCAGGCCACUUUGCUGGGUCUGGUAGCCCUAAAUAAGGCCUACCCAGAAGUGCUGGCUCCAGGAGGCACUGCCCGUGUGACUCCUACGUCCCCAUGGCCCAGCCCCCUCCCCUGGCCUGGGCAUAUCCUGGACCAGGUGAGCCCCCCUGGAACCAAGGACCCUGGGGCCCUGCUGCUGGAAGCACUGAGGUCCCCAGGGCUGAAGGCACUGGAGGCCAGAACAGCCGUGGAACUCCUGGACGUCUUCUUGGCCCUGGAGGCUGAUGGUGAAGAGCUGGCUGAGGCCAUAGCUGCUGGGACCUCAGGAGUGCCUCUUCCCGGUCGGGCAGCUGAGCUACAGGAGGCUCUAGAGCAGGGACCCCGAGGACUGGCCCUUCGGCUCUGGCCAAAGCUGCAGGUGGUGGUGACUCUGGACGCAGGAGGCCAGGCUGAGGCUGUGGCUGCCCUUGGGGCCUUGUGGUGCCAAGGGCUGGCCUUCUUCUCUCCUGCUUACGCUGCUUCUGGAGGGGUGGUGGGCCUAAACCUAUGGCCAGAACAGCCCCAGGGGCUCUACCUGCUUCCCCCUGGACUCCCUUUUAUUGAGCUGCUUCCAGUCCUGGAAGGAGCCCAAGAGGAGGCCCCAUCUACCCUCCUUCUGGCUGAGGCCCAAAGGGACAAGGAGUAUGAGCUGGUGCUGACUGACCACGUCAGGCUUGCCAGGUGCCGCCUGGGUGAUGUGGUACAAGUGGUUGGUGCCUAUAAUCAGUGUCCGAUCGUCAGAUUCGUCUACAGGCUGGGCCAGGCCCUGAGUGUUAGAGGAGAAGUUACUGGAGAGAAUGUGUUCUCUGAGGCCCUGGGCCAGGCUGUGGGCCAGUGGCCAGGAGCCAAGCUGUUGGACCAUAUCUGUGUGGAGAGCAGCAUUCUGGAUGGAAUACCAAUCAACUUGGCUGUAAGACCCUUGACCCAGGCUCUUACUUGUCCAGCCACCUUUCUCCCCUUGCUCAAGAGAAAGCCUGGAGGGUGAGGACCAGCCCAUCCACAUCCCAUGUGGGGGAAGCACUGUCACCUCCAGGUAUUUGCUCACAUCGUCCCUUCUCCCCCAACCUACCUGAAGGAAAUCUGUUUUUCAUUCAAGGCCUUCAAGGACCCCUACCCCACCCAGGUGGAAGGAAUUGGCCCAACUUUACUGACAUCUGCAGUAGUCCUUCCUUCUGUGGAAUUUUCCUUAUGCCCAGACUGAUAUCCCACCUGGACUUAUACACUCCUUAAAAACACGGUCAUGUCCUAGGCACACAGUUGUUUCUUGUCCACAUAGGGCCCAGCCCAGAGCAGAAGCUCAAUAACAGUGCUCUGAAUGAGAGAAGCUUGGGCCUGGAGGUGGUCACACCCUUCAGCCCACGGGGGCUCAUCCCUGGAGAUGGAGGAGUGGGACAACAUCCCUCCCCUCUGGGCUGCCUGGCCCAGAAGACAGCAGGGGAGGAAGAAGCUUUCUACCAGCUUCUGGCAGAAACUAGACUUGGCUUCCUUUCCUCCCACUGCCCACCAUAAGUCUCCAAGGUUUUCCAUUGCGGAGGCUGGUGGAAGGGGCAGAAGGGAAAGAGAGCUGGUGGGGAGGGAAGGGACAGCUCAGGAACCGUUUCCAUGGAGGAAGAAGGCCCUGGAGCCUGACAGAUCCCAGUGACACGAAGUAAUGCGGGGAGAAGUCUGCUGUGACUGCACUCCCCCAACACACGGUGGAUAGUGGGUCUCACCACUGCCUCUUCUCCAACCCUUAAUUAGCAGCCGCCCCCUCCCCCAUUGUCCCAGGCCAGCACCCCAGCCAAGGCCUCUUUUGUGCACUCAGAUUCCUGGGUGCAAGGUGGCCUAAUUAGUGCCCGGAGACCACCCCAUCUCCAGGGAGCAGGCAGACAGGCAAGAGGGAGACCAGUGGCACAGUGAUCCAGCACUGGCCUCUGAAUGCACGCCUCAGGGGCCAUUCCUUGGGCCCAGCCUGGAGACGGCCCCCCUGCCCGAUGCUAAUCUUAGAUUCGCCUUU